AGCAAAGAGAGAGAGAGAGAGCUGUGUAUAUCUACUGAGUGGCAAUGCACACACUCCAUGCUGUACCUCAAUAAGCACCCCACUCUUCCUCUACCGUCUUUUUUCCUACUCUAAUGCUUCACACUCGGCCAACAACACAAGGUUGACAUCAGCCUGCGGUGAUGGAAGACACAAGCAGUGGCUGUGUUCCAGAGCUUACAUCACCACUUGUGACCCAUGAGGGGAACGGUACAGGUCACAUCUUUGAGGUGGCACUCCAGAACGUCUCCUCUGAGCACAGUCCCCAGUUUGAGGGUGUGGAACUGCUGCAGUCCUUCAAGCUGCUCAUCAUUCCCUGCUACACUCUUGUAGCCCUGGUGGGCGUCGUCGGAAACUACCUGUUGCUGUAUGUCAUCUGCCGCACUCGCAAGAUGCACAACGUCACCAACUUUUUCAUUGGAAACCUUGCCUUCUCUGACAUGCUCAUGUGUGCCACGUGUGUCCCCUUCACUCUGGCCUAUGCUCUCAACCCCCGUGGGUGGGUCUUUGGUCGCUUCAUGUGCUACCUGGUCUAUCUCAUCCAGCCAGUGACUGUAUAUGUGUCAGUCUUCACCCUUACUGCCAUUGGGGUGGACAGGUACUAUGCCACAGUGCAUCCGCUGAAAAAGCGGAUCUCUGUCUUGGCAUGCACCUACCUGCUGUCCGCAAUCUGGCUGCUGUCCUGUGCUUUGGUGGCUCCAGCUGUGGCUCACACCUACCAUGUGGAGUUCCAAAAUGAGGGCUUCACCAUUUGUGAGGAGUUCUGGAUGGGUCAGGAGGGGGAGCAUCUGGCCUAUGCAUACAGUACUCUCUUCAUCACCUAUGUGCUCCCUCUUUCUGCACUGUGUAUUUCUUACCUGUGCAUCUCUGUCAAACUGAAGAAAUGUGUUGUGCCAGGCUACCGCACCCAGAGCCAAGCCGACGCCCAUCGUAUGCGCAAACGCAAGACCUUCCGCCUGGUGAGCCUGGUAGUAGCCGCUUUUGGUAUAUGCUGGAUGCCCAUCAGCGUAUUUAAUGUGCUGCGUGACAUUGAUAUCAGCCUAAUUGAUAAGCGCUACUUCCUGCUCAUUCAGUUGCUGUGUCACCUGUGCGCCAUGAGCUCAUCUUGCUGUAACCCUUUCCUCUACGCCUGGCUCCAUGACCGCUUUCGUUCAGAGCUUCGCAAAAUGAUCACAUGCCGCCGUCGAAUUGGUAUUGCCACCAACAAUGCCGCCUCCGCCAGCGUUGUGCUGUGAAGGACUCCUAAUAAGCACUAAUGACUUAAAAAGAUGAAUAAUUCUGUACAGGAAGGAUACCGCACAUGGAUAUGUAUCCUCAAUGGCAAGCACUUCAAGUGCUGUCUGUAAGGUGAUUGGAUGAGUGGUGUCUAACUUGAAUGGGGCAAACAAGCAGCCAUAAGUAGAGGCAAGAUACAGUAUAAAACUAAAGGCAUUCUUUCCAUCAAGAAAAAACAAACUUCUCAUAAAAUGCUACCAAGAGUAGCAAUAUCGUCAAGACGAUCAAUUUGUCAAGUUUGUCCUCCCAUGUUUAUUUCACCCAGGUACAUGUUAGCUUGUAAAUGAACUUGCCCUGUUAAGUGUAUGUUCUUUUAAUGUUGUGUGCAUGUAAUUGUGAUUUGCCAGUCUGACAUUUGUCAAACCUUUUCAUACUGAUGUUAGUAAAACAGGUCUCAGUGAUUGUGAAAGCAAUGUAGAUAUACAGAAAUAUUCUUUAAAAAAAGUAUAUAUUUAUAAUGUAAAAGGUACAUGCAAUCGGAUGAAAUGUGUGUCUUUCAUUCAAAUAAAAGCACAGUUUUCAUUUGGACGUAUUAGUGCCUUUAUUUCAAAUAAAACCACAUUGAUAUUCUCACCAUUACUUUUGUUCAAAGCGGACUGCAGCAUUAUUUCAGAGAGGUAGCCAACAGUGAGUCAUUCGGCAAAUUAAGACACAAAAGGCUUUGGAAGACAUGUAUGUACAUUCAACAUAUAAUUAUUGCCAGAAUUUCUGUGAAGACAUUCAUGAUUAUGAAGGCAUAUAUGCGUUUCUUCAAACGGACUUAAGACAAGUAAGAACAGCGAGUAUUUCACUGUUGGCUUUGAUUAUCACAGCCUUACUGGAAGCAAACAUCACACCGGUUACAAUGAAGAGUUACUGGACUGAU